AUGAAUAAUGAGGAUCAAGGACCAAGUGAAACUGCAAAGACAUCAGAGAAAAACACUAAAGAGCCAAAAGAGGAUAAUCUGAAACACUUACACAAGAAUGGUCGCCACUAUGUGCGUUGUGAGACAUGGUUUUCGAACCCCAAUGUCGUCAAGAUUUUCAGCAGGAAAGCUAAACUUCCAGCGAUUGCUCAAGAACCGGGGACUAUAUACCGUAAAAGCGUCGUUUCCGACCAUCUGAACAGCGAAAUUCAUCGCGAAGCAAAAAAGACAAAGAGAUUGUUGUCUUUGAAAGGACCGGAAAAGCUUCAUAUGACGUCAUUGACACCAAUUGGAAGGGCAUUAUCGAUCGCAGAUGCACAAUUGGCUGCGAAAGUUGCUAGCUUAUUUUUUUCACGUUUACCAUGGUGCUAA